AUGACUGUACUCUCGUUGAAUCAGACAUAUGCAAGGUACAAAGGCUUGUUGGCACUUAUUGAGCGCCUACAGCAGCGUCAACAACAGCAGCAGCCGCAACAACAGCAGCCGCAGGAACAGCAGCCGAAACAACAGCAGCAGCAGCCGCAACAACAGCAGCAGACGAAACAACAGCAGCAGCCGCAAGACCCUCCCCUGCCGCCAGCAACGACUGGCAGCAGUCUACAACAGUUACAGUAUGGUAAUACGCCAACGGCAUUCUCCCCCAGGGGACCGAGUGGCAGAGCUGUAUACGCUGAUACGAGCUCUCCGUACUAUCGUCCCGGCAACAGACCGGUGCAGCAUGGUCACCCACCUUACUCUGGAUAUUCGGUGAAGGCACUGUCGGGACACCAGCGCAGUGUGAAGUCCUCCAGCGCAGUCUUGCGGUUCGCCACCGCAGUUGCAAGCAUCACCUGA